AUAUAUAGCAGCACGUAUACACAGCUGUGAACGGGCAAGACAUAGCGGGACGAAGAACGCGCGGUUAGUUGUCGGCCUUUGGCCAUUCGUCUGUGGCCUCUGCAGAAGCGGCAUAAUAGCACGGACUUAAAGUCAGAAAGGGCAUCGCUUAGAAGUUCAUUCAAUGGGCUAGGCGUGUCGAGGAGUUAUGUCGCAAUUCACCGGCAUAGUCGAUGUUUCCUCGGCGGUGGCUGAGGCGGUGGAAACUCGCGAGGACGGCUCCUGUGCAUUCCAAGCACUGGCGUGUGGCCUUGGGGUGGCCUGGCAACGGGAGCAGCUAGUGUCUUCUUUGCAGCCUGGCCGUCCGUGGCAUGACCAUACCCGCAGUAUGGGCGCAUAUGCAGUCCAUCGGGGGUGGCCAUGGCCUCAGCGUUGCUCACGAGUCCGCUGCCCUGGACAACAGCGUGCACCUUGGCAUCCCAGAGGCGUACGCAGCCUGGAUGUCCCAGACCACCACCCUGGCGAUAGACAUUGAGCUGAUGGUGCUGUCGCGGCUGCUGGGGGCCGUGAUUGUGAUAUGGUGCCGCCGCGGGUCGGGAUAUUUCGGACACUGCAAGCUGGUUCCAUCAGCGCCCAUGCACGUCAUUCACGUGCUGAUGUCUCCAACUCGCAGCAAUGCCGGGCACUACGAGGGCUUCCAGGCCCGCUCGGACGUGUCACAGCCACUACAUGCGUGCGUGGACCUGGCAUCUGUAUCGCCCACAGGGUGGGAUGCAUGGUGCAAGGAUGCCCCUGCAGUGCAGGCGGCUCUGGCGCCACUGCGGGCCGAGGCAGCAGGUAGGAUAGUGUGUCAGGCUGUGAUGGUGGCGGGGGGCCCAAUAUGAGGUUGUACCUGUACAGUGCAUUGCAACCGUCAAGGAUGUGUGCUGGGUGCGGUUAUGCAGGGCGGGCAUGCGUCCGGGCCCUGCUGGCUGUCAGCAAGUUUGUGCCAGUGCUGGGCCAGCUUCAGUGCAUGGUGGAGCGGGCCCCCACAGUAGCAUCACAUGCAGCUGUCAGCAGCGGUGAGCGUAAGUUUGCCUUGUCUACGUUGCGGGCAAGGCAUGUAUGGGUGGAAUGUGACAUGGGACCUCAAAUGUGAUAUGAUGUGCAGGGCGAACUGCUCAUCUGUAAGGUGUGCAUGUUGCAGGAAGCAACCUGGAGCAGCACGGAGCAGGUGGAGCACAACAGUGGGCGGGCGGUUCCAAGCCAGGGAGCGCGCAACCGUCAGGUUAGUCAGGUGACAGAAUGCCUAUGAGUGUUGCAGAGAUGCGGGGCCGGCAACACGUGGUGUAAAUUGUAUGGGUGUGUGUGAGAGGAUAGGUGGUGAUAGAAGGUUUACAAGGCACGAUUGUGUUCAUUGGCACGGUGCAUUCGUAAGCAGGGCUUGUAACCAUGCACGCACAGCAGGCGAGAAGAGGCAGCAGAUGUUGGAGCGUGUGACAGUGUGCACACCGGCAACAGUGGCGCCAGCCUGCACGGGCUCCUGCAGGUGGCACUGGCGGAUGCACUGCGUGCAGGUAAGCGGUGGGGGUAGGUGUUUCCAGCAACGAAAGGGACGCAAGCAAGGGCGCUGAAUCAUGCACAUUGGGGGCGUGACACCGCCCCUAGCGCCUGCUGCCCCGCGCAUGGCGGCCGCCACCCCUGAUGAUGGGAAAGGUACGCAUGCAGCAAAUGUUAUGUUGGGAUGUGCAGGUGGAGCAGCAGCCCACUAACCCUGCGGACGCGUUUGAGGCGGCGUCCACAGUUGAGCAGUAUCAGGCGCAGAUUGGUCAGCCGCUUUGGCAAGUCACCGACGACAAUGGCACGGUGAUAGAAGGUGCGGACUGGGCUGCACGCGUAGGUGUUCGGAGUGUGCACGCAUUUCCUCGGCUGCUCCUGUUUGACAAUGUUGACCCCCGUCCCCUCUCGCUGCCCUGCCCCAUGCAGCUGCGAAGAUCACCCUUGGGGAGUUCGCAUUUGCAUGGCUGGAGAAGAAGCUUUCUGGGCGCGUGCGUGAUGGAGUUGCUGACCAGCAGCUACGUUUCUUAAAGGAAACGACACUCCCGCGUAACAACAACAUGCCCCCAAGCAUGUACAUAUGCCGCCGCAUGUUUGGUGUGCCGGACCCAGCUGAUUUUGAGAAGCAUGUAUGCGCCAGCGACAAGCACAUCUUCCCCCCGUUACCGCGCUCUAAAUGACACGAGCACAUGAAUGACACUUGUGAAUGUGGUCACCGUCGGUUCCAUGCUAACAGGCUGUUUCCACUCAGCCCCACUUAGUCGCGACUUUGAAAUUCUUGCGCGGAAAGCUGACCGUGUUCGAUGCAAACAAUAUUAUAAUUGUGUCUCUUGCGAUAGAAAUAAUC